AUGGAAACUCGAAGCAGAAAAAAGCGAAGGUUGAACUCCACGUCCCAGUUUGAUCGGAUCGAACGUCUUACUAUUCACCCGCCCCCUGGUAUUUCCUCUCCUCGGAUCAAUUACAGUCCGGAAAGUUUCGUUAAAGUAUCGCUGCGAAGACAUAUCCCCGAGAAUCUCUCAAGCUCUCAUAAUACCAGGGUCGUGCACAGGACUUCACCCCAGAUACAGUUCGGAGUCCUCUGCUUCCGGAUUAACGAUUGGAUUUACACCGGUAGACUUUGGGAGAUAUACCGUGGUACACUUUCGAUCGCAGGUUAUAGGUCUCAUGAAAUCCCCAUUGUAAUGAAGGUUCUUAGACCCGAUACCUUUGAUCGAGGCCUGUCAGAUGAGGAUCAGAGUUCUGAUGGUCUCGCAGCCGCUUAUACCUUCACCAGAGACUACGAUCCGGCAUCAGCUGUCAAAGCGGCAUACAAUGAAGAUUCAAUUUAUAGACAGCUCACUCCGAUGCAAGGUACCGUCAUACCCGAGUAUUACGGACUCUUCAUAUCGUAUCAAAAUGCGAAUGGUAUCAUCGAUGAUGGUGCAACUCUCCCGAAGAUGAUGGCCAUUCUUCUGGAGGAUUUGGGGAAUCAAGUCGACCCGCAUGAUAUGUUCGACGAUGAAUGA